CAGAUGUCAGCAAUGAAUCAAACAUUGCUUUCAAUGUGUUUAGUGUUUACAGUGCUUUGAGUUUCACGUGUUUUACAGUUUCAAUGAUUUUUAUUAAUACUUUUUGUGAUUGACUUUAAUUUAAUUGACUUUUAAAUUGUUUGUAAUUAAGUGUUAAACAAAUGACUCGCAAAUCAAAGAAAAGUUUUACUAAAAACUCGGGAAAUGACGGCAAACGCAAAGCCAAUGUUUCUUUUGAUAUCAACGACGGAUCCGAUGAUUCAGAUGAUCUGUACGAUGAAGAAUCUGAUGAAGAAGUGGAAGAAUCAGAUGACGAGGAGGUAAGCGACGACAAUAGUGUGGACACAAGUAGUGAUGCUGACGAUGAAGAAGACACAAUCAAACUCAAUGAUACAAUUUCUCUACAAGAACUCAGUGAAGAUGAAGAUAACUCAUUAGAUUCAGACAAUGAACUCGAAUUGAUUGAGACAAAAGAUGAAAACAAGAAUCAUAGGAAUCUAUUGAGUGAUAGCAAUGAGAUUGAAAAAGUGGAAAAUAUAUUAAAAGCAAAGAAGAAGAGCAAAAAUGUGGCCAAAGUUGAUGAAUAUGCUAUCGAUUCAUCGGAUGAAGAGGAUCUAAGAAAUACUAUCGGAAAUAUUCCUUACGAGUGGUACAAUGAUUUUGAACACAUCGGCUAUAAUUUGGACGGAAAUAAAAUAAUAAAACCGCCAAAAGUCGAUGAAAUGCAAGAGUUUCUGAACAAAAUGGAAGAUCCGUUGUAUUGGCGAACAGUAAAGGAUCGGAUGACCGGACAGAAUGUUGUUCUUACCGAUAAUGACGCCGAAACAUUAAGACGUGUCAGAAAAGGCAAAUUUCCUGAUCCUAAUUACAAUCCUUACGAACCAUUUAUCGACUUUUUCACGUAUGAAAAGUCGAUACAUCCGGUCUCUAACAGACCCGAAACUAAGGCCAGCUUUAUUCCCUCGUUGUCUGAGAAGCGGAAGAUAAGCAAAUUGGUGGCCGCUAUCAAAGCCGGACGACUUAAACCUAAACCAAUUAAACCAAAGGAUGGACCGUUUGUUUUCAGUUACGAUUUAUGGGAAAAACCAAACACUGAGAGAAAUAAACGAUACGAACGUUACAUACCGGCGCCCAAACUCCAACCUCCCAGACAUGAAGAGUCUUAUAAUCCUCCUCCAGAAUACUUGUUUAAUGAAGAGGAAGAACAGAAAUGGUUAGAACAAGAACCUGAAGAACGUAAACUUAAUUUUAUUCCUCAAAAAUAUUCAUCACUUCGAAGAGUUCCCGCGUAUUCGAAAUUCGUAAACGAAAGAUUUGAAAGAUUACUUGAUCUUUAUCUUUGUCCGCGGGCUCGCAAAGAUAGAGCUAACGUUAAUCCUGAAGAUCUUAUUCCAAAACUUCCGCGACCUCGAGAUCUUCAACCAUUUCCUUCAAUACAAUCGCUUAUAUAUAGAGGACAUACCGAUGUUGUCCGUUGUGUUAGUAUUGAACCAAACGGACAAUUUAUUGCAACUGGAAGUGAUGAUUGCACUAUAAGAAUAUGGGAAGUGUUGACCACAAGAACCAUGAAAAUAAUUAAAAUGAAGAGUAGUGUUACAGACAUUAAAUGGUGUCCCGACAGAUCCAAGUGCUUGUGUGCUGUUGCUGUUGGCAAAGAUAUGUUUAUAGUAAACCCAAGAGUUGGUGAAAAAGAUAUAAUCAUUGAAACAGAUUUGUUAUUCAAAAGAGAUGAAACUAAUGACAAUUCCAAAGGCGAGUCAACUGAUCAUUCUGUGGUCGACUGGCAACUCAUUGAGGAAAGCGGUGCCAGCGAUGAGUGGAGGAAUGGUAUUCGUGUGAUUGUUAAACAUAGAUUUGAAAUUAAACAAAUAGUAUGGCAUUAUGGCGGUGACUAUUUGGCUGCAGUCAUGCCUACCGGUGCUAACAAAUCUGUAGUAAUACACCACUUGUCAAAACGCAAAUCUCAAGUGCCAUUCAAGAAAUCAAAAGGUAUUAUACAAUGCGUUCUGUUUCAUCCUUCGCGUCCAUACUUUUUCGUGGCCACAAAUAGAGCCAUUCGUGUCUAUAAUUUAGUCAAACAAGAAAUGACUAAAAAGCUGUUACCUAAUUGUAAUGAAAUAUCGAGUAUAGCAAUACAUCCUCAAGGCGAUAAUGUGAUUGUCGGCAGUUAUGAUCUGAGGUUGAGUUGGUUUGAUUUGGACUUAUCGACAAAACCUUAUAAAACACUGAGAUAUCAUAAAAAAGCCAUCAGAAGUGUUUGUUAUCACGAAAGAUAUCCAUUGUUUGCUUCGGCAUCAGAUGAUGGAACAGUUAUUGUGUCGCACGGAAUGGUUUAUAAUGAUCUAACACAGAAUCCAUUGAUAGUUCCCGUUAAAGUGCUUCGAGGACAUACCGUUAACGAUGGUUUAGGUGUUACGCAAUGUUGUUUCCAUCCUCUGCAGCCGUGGAUAUUUUCUGCUGGCGCUGACUCAACCGUUAGAUUAUUUACAUAAUUUUUUAAUUAAAUAAUUUAAGUGAUUUCUUUAAUAUCUAAAAUACGAGCUCUAGUCUCGACAAUUU